AUGAAUGACUCUCACAGUUUCACACGAACGGGUACGAUGAGAUUCGCUGAAUGGGUGAUGAUCCUAGCAAUCCUUCUUAUAGCUGCAUCACCCUCUCAUCAAUCUUCUCUUGCCUUUGAUUAUUGCUCGUACUUUAUCAACUCUACUCUCGACGAUAAAUUUAGACCACUCAGAAACACCUCUCAACUUGGACUGACUGUUCCCAAGACCUACAAUCCAUCCAUCAAUUUAGAGAAUUUUCAUUACAUUUAUGCCUAUAAAAUUGAACAUCCCAGACUUUAUCCCUUAUUGAAUUGUCACUUGAAGAUGACUCCCAAUAUCUCACGACCCGAUUGGAUUCAUGAUUUUUCGUACGGACUCACAUCUGCUUUGAAAAAGAUGCCAAAAUAUGAACUGGAAACCUUCCGAGGUACUGGACUGUCUUCCAUUCCAAAGGUUGGUGAUUAUGUGACAAAUAGUGGUUAUGUGUCAACCUCUAAAAAAGCUCAUGUUGCUGCUGGCUUUGCAGGGGGACAAUACUUUCUGAGAUUUGUCAAAUCGGGAGGUCGAGACAUUUCAGGUCUUGAAGGAUUGCCAUUCGCUGGUGAAGAAGAAGUCAUUAUUACACCAGGAAAGUGUUUUAGAGUUGUGGCUAUCGGUUCUUCUCAAUGGUGGAGUGAUUUAAAGGAUUCGAUUUAUGAAUUCAAUAACACAGACACGACUUUUAUCGAAUUAUUGAAAGUGAAAUGUCCAAAGAAUAAUGAAUUUACCAUGAGAAGUGACAUCUUGUCCAGUCCAAGCUAUUCUGAAUUGGAAGCUUUACAGAAUCAUUUGGAAGAGUUCAAUAGCAAGAGAACACUCAUGACAGUGAAUUCUGUUCCAUCCGAAUGGACCUGUAAUCCUUCGUAUUACAACGCUAGUGAUGGCUGUGAUUGUGGUUGUGGUGCAUGGGAUCCAGAUUGUAAUCUCAAAAAGAGUCUUUUGGUAGGAUGUCCUUCUGCUGGAGCCUUUGCAUGCUCAACUUCAAGUUUUAAUUGCACACCAAUCAUGAACAAUAAGGGAUAUCAAGUUCCACCUGCAUGGUCUUGCAGUCCUGAAUCGUAUGGAUCCAAUGAUGGAUGUGAUUGUGGAUGUGGAGCAGUCGAUCCAGAUUGUGCCUCACAAACUGUCACUUCCUUUGCUUUUGGAUGUUUAGACUCUCAAUAUUGUGAUGCAACUGGAACGUGUAAAAACAAAAAGUAUGUACCACCAACAUGGACUUGUGAUCCUUCGUAUUAUAAUGCCAGUGAUGGAUGUGAUUGUGGUUGUGGUGGAGUGUUAGAUCCUGAUUGUUUAGAUCCUCAACAAGAAGUAUUGAAUUGUCCUUGUCUGACCAUGAAUUGCACUUUGGGUUAUUGCACAGGUGAAUGUUUAGGAAUUAAUAUUGUAGCCAUGAAUGCCAAUGAUGGACCAAAACCAAAUCCAGGAGAGCAUGGUAAUAUUGAUGUUCAAGUGUAUUAUGGACCUGGUGUGUUAGCAGGAAGUAUUAUCGCCUCGUUCAUUGGUGGAUUUGUUGUGAGCAUGUUAUUGAUUGCAUUGAUUCAUCAUUUUGUGAAUCGCAACAAUAGACAAAAGAUGGCGAAACAUCCUGGUGAGUUGGAGCAAUCAUUCGUGGAGAUGGGUCGUUAUUAA